GACGGAUUCGUGCCUGCUUUUCCCACCAGUUUUCCGAAUUUCCGCCACACGUCUGACACCUCUCUCUCCCUCCCUCUCACAGUCUCACCUCCCUCUCUAUCUCUCUCGUCAUAUCUUUAAUAUGAAAUCUUUCUCUGAAGUAUCUUAAUCUCAUGCCAAGGUCGUUGUUAAUUCCAUCAUUCCAUGCAUGUGUUAAUCUGCACAUCUUCUGAGGUCAUAGAAGAUGAUGGAGUCAUGGUGGUUGGUGAAUCACACGAUAAGGUCGAUUGAUCGAAGAACAACUGAAUAUUGAUUUGGUAUAAGCUUCUAUAAUUGAUGGCACAGACAGAUUUUGAUUCUUCCUGGGCAACCACAACCGGUGAGUUCUUCAAGGAUUCAUUCAUUCUACAGGGUCAAGAAGGAAAUCCAGCUGACAUUUUACCUGUGCUGGAAGUUUCCACAUCAUCAUUAUGCCAAAAGAGUAACAUCCCAAAGCCACCUCCAUUCCCUCGUGCAAGUUUUGGCAGAGUCAACUUCCCCAAAAGGGUCAAAGGUUGCAGUUAUGUUUCAAAGGAAACUAAAGAUAUGUGGGAAAAUCUCUUUAAGGAAGCAUAUGGAGCAGAUGUCCAUGUUCUGACUGAGGUCAAGGCCAUAAUUCCUGCUCAUUCAAAUGUUCUGGGUAUGGCAUCACCAGUUCUGAGAAACCUUUUGCAGCAAGCUAAAGUUAAGGAUGGUGUUCAAUAUAUCAAGAUUCCAGGGGUACCUUCUGAAGCUGUUUAUGCAUUUAUCCGCUUUCUGUACUCCUCCUGCUAUGAGCAGGAGGAGAUGAAGAAGUUUGUUCUCCACUUGCUGGUUUUAUCUCACUCCUUCUCACUUCCAUCACUGAAAAGAGUUUGCAUAAAUCUAUUGGAGCAGGCAUGGCUAACCACAGAAAAUGCAAUUGAUGUGCUUCAAUUAGCAAGGAAAUGUGAUGCACCCCGACUUUCCCUCAUUUGUGUUCGUCUAAUUGUGAAGAACUUUAAGACCAUUUCUGCAACUGAAGGAUGGAAAGUGAUGAAGCGAACUGAUCCUGCACUUGAGCAGGAACUUCUUGAAGCAGUUGUUGAGGCAGAUUCUAAAAAACAGGAGAGGUUGAAGAAGAUAGAAGAGAAGAAGAUGUACCUGCAACUGAAUCAAGCCAUGGAGGCACUUCUGCACAUAUGCAAAGAUGGAUGUAGGACUAUUGGGCCCCGUGACAAGGUCCUGAAAGGAAGCCAAGUAGCCUGUGGAUUUCCAGCUUGCAAGGGGGUUGAGACAUUGGUCCGGCACUUCUCCAGUUGCAAGAUUCGUGUGCCUGGUGGAUGCAUUCACUGCAAGCGCAUGUGGCAGCUUCUUGAACUGCAUUCUCGAAUAUGCAAUCAACCAGAUUUUUGCAAGGUUCCUCUUUGUAGGCAUUUCAAAGAAAAGAUGCAGCACCAGAGCAAAAAUGACGAGGCAAAGUGGAACCUAUUGGUCAGCAAGGUGAAAGCAGCAAAAACCAUGUCGAAGCCCUCAUUGACUGGUCGGCCGGGGUUUUUGCAACCCAACCCAUUUAGGCUUUAGACAGUCCAUGUAUAUACAGAGACUGGAUCCUGCAUCUUGGAAUUUCGCCAUCAGUACCCAAAAAGCUGUAUUAUGCCAGUGACAGAAGGUGCUGCUGUUGAACUCACUUAAAUUGAUGAUAGUAAAUAGAAUUAGUUUUCAUAGAAAUAAAACCCAAAUGGAGGUAUUGGGCUAGAACUUACUGAGCUACUCACAAACCAUGUAACCACUAGCUUAAAGAGAUAAGAAAUGCCCAAAUGGCAUCACAUAUUGCAGGAGUUUUGAAGGUCUCAAACAUCAUUUGGGUCUUCUCCUUACGAUUAUCAUUGGAUUCAAUGCCCCCCAGGAAUUCCAAUUUUAUAUCAAAAUGAUUUAGACUGUAGGAUCCUGGAGGGCUGAAAGGCAACGGCGGUCUGAGAGCUCUGAAGAUCUGAGCAUUGGCUCGGGAGAGGUUCUUCAGGUGAGUCCCCACUCUAGUCUUUUUUUAAUCUUCCCCCGCCCCUCCCCCGAGGAUCCUUCAGAAUUUUCUGUUUGUUAGGCAGUUAUGCCAGAUCAGCACAAGUUAGCAAGUUGCUUUUGUCAGAUGAUUAUUACCAAUGGCAGAUGGUUAAACAAGUGAUCUAGUUGUUAUGCCAACUCAGCAUUAGGGGAAUUCAUAAAGUACAUGUGGCAUCUUUGCUACUUCA